UCAUUACUUUCAUUCUGCCAUGGCCAACCUACUUGUGUUUACUAUUAUCACGCUGUUUCUUCUCCGCUUCUGCUGCGGAUGUAUUGAGAGAGAAGCCCAUGCUCUUCUGCUCUUCAAAGCCGGCGUAAAUGACUCUGCAGGUGUACUGAGUUCGUGGGAGAAAGAAAGAGAUUGCUGCCUCUGGUACGGCAUAUCCUAUGACAACACCACUCAUCAUGUAGUUGCUGUUAAUGUUACAGGAUUCUCUCUCUCAACUGAAAUGGAGGGCAUCAUAUCUGGGAGCUUGUGCACCCUCACUUUUGUUGCAACCUUAAACCUAUCUGGAGUGGGAUUGACAGGUACUAUUCCUCCCUGCUUCACAAAUCUCUCUCUUCUCGCACAACUAGAUUUAUCUCAUAAUAGAUUGAGUGGGAAUAUUCCUCCUACCCUGUCUAAUCUCUCUUCUCUAACUAGCCUACAUCUUUCUCAUAACGAACUCACAGGCAGCAUUCCCUCCUCUCUCUCUCAUCUCUAUUCUUUAACUAACCUACGGCUUGCUUAUAAUCAACUCACAGGAAGCAUUCCCUCCUCUCUCUCUAAUCUCUCAUCUCUGGCUAUGCUAAUUCUCUGGGAAAAUCAACUCAUAGGAAGCAUUCCCUCCUCUCUCUCCAAUCUCUCUUCUCUAAUUUAUCUAGAUCUUUCUUCUAAUCAACUCAGAGGAAGCAUUCCCUCCUCUCUCUCCAAUCUCUCUUCUCUAAUUUUUCUAGAUCUUUCUUCUAAUCAACUCACAGGAAGCAUUCCCUCCUCUCUCUACAAUCUCUCUUCUCUAACUAAAUUAUAUCUUUAUUAUAAUCAACUCACAGGAAGCAUUCCCUCCUCUCUUUCUGAUCUCUCUUCUCUGACUAGCCUAGAUCUUUCUUAUAAUAAACUCAUAGGAAGCAUUCCCUCCCCUCUCUCUAAUAUCUCUUCUCUAAGUAGCCUAGAUUUUUCUUUUAAUAAACUCACAGGAAGCAUUCCUUCCUCUCUCUUUAAGCUCUCUCUUCUAACUAGACUAGAUCUUUCUAAUAAUCAACUCACAGGAAACAUUUUGUCACCUCUCUCUAAUCUCUCUUCUCUAAGAUUCCUACAUCUUUGGGAGAAUCAACUCACAGGAAGCAUUCCCUCAUCUCUUGCUAGUCUCUCUUCUCUAAUGAACCUAGCUCUCUCUUUUAAUCAACUCAUAGGAAGCAUUCCUUCCUCUCUCUCUUAUAUCUCUUCUCUAACUUAUCUAGAUCUUGCUGAGAAUCACUUGACUGGUUGUAUCCCAGAUUCCUUGGGCAAUCUCUCUUUACUGGAGGUGAUGUUUCUUUCAGACAACCAACUGAAUGGAACUCUUCCCCCCUCCUUUUCAAGGCUCUCCUCCCUUACUUACCUUAAUGCUGAUAGGAAUUCAUUCAGCCAGGAUAUUGCUUCCUCAACACUACCCUUCAUGCUUGAGUUUCUCGAGCUCUCACUAAACAACCAUCAGAUAAUUUCAGAGCUUUUCUUUCAUAACCUUAGCAAAUUAUCAUAUUUGUCCUUAUCCAAUUGUGUACUUAACAGCAGCCCCACAUGGAUUCCCUCAUUUCAGUUAAGACGGUUGCAUUUGACAUCAUGCAAGGUGGUGGAUGGUCAAAUCCCCUCAUGGAUUUCAACUCAAUUCUCACUUGAAGAGUUGCAAAUAGCUGACAGCAAUCUUGUUGGAGAAAUUCCCUCUUGGUUACAGGAUAUGAGACUACGCUACAUCAAUCUCACAACAAAUCAUCUGCAUGGUGAUCUUUUGCUCAAUACUUCAGCUUGGAAGGCAAUAGAGGUUGUAGACAUGUCUAACAAUGCAUUGUUUGGACAGAUACCACUGAUUUGGCCACCUCAUAUACAAUUUUUGUUGCUCAAUGAUAAUUGGCUAACGGGAAAUAUUCCCCCAAGCAUGCAGGUUAACUCUUCAUUGCAAGUGUUAAACUUAGAAAAUAAUCAUUUGAAUGGAAAAAUCCCUUCAAGCAUAGCCAACUUUUCCUCACUUCAAAUUUUGAAUUUGGGGAAUAAUAAUUUGGGGGGUAUGAUACCAUCUGAGUUUGGUGAGCUAAGUCAACUAAAAUCACUAGUGCUAAAGAAUAACCAGUUGAGCAGGGCAUUCCCUCCUUCAAUAUCAAAUUGCACAAAAUUACUUUUUCUAGAUAUCGGGCAAAACCUAUUGAAAGGCCAAAUUCCAAAUUCAAUAGGAAACCUUUUACAUUUGCAAGUGUUAGCGGCGAGAAAAAAUAAUUUUGAAGGUAGCAUUCCUACAGAAAUUGGGCAGCUAAAGCACCUCCAAAUCUUGGACCUUUCUUCAAAUCAUCUAUCUGGGUCUAUACCACACAAUAUUUUCAAUUUGCAAGCAAUGUUGAUAGAAUCAAAAGAGGGAUUUAUCAGGGUUCAAGAGUAUCAAUUUGAUGAUCAAUUUCUUCGUAAAAAUUAUCUAAUUUUUACAGAAGUGUUUACAAUCAUGUAUGAGGAUGGAUUAAAUAUGAAUUCUAAAGGCAGAGAUGAGCACUAUCCAUAUAUUUUUUCCACCAGGAUAGCCAUUGAUCUCUCCAACAAUCAAUUGAGUGGUAAUAUUCCUUCUGAAUUAGGAAAGUUGAAAGGCCUGAUGCUUCUCAACCUAUCCAUGAAUAAUCUCAAUGGAACAAUUCCAAAUAGUAUUGUGCAAGUUAGUCAACUAGAAUCAUUAGACCUUUCUACAAAUCAAUUUUCUGGACAAAUUCCAUGGGAGCUUGGAUCUUUGAGCUACUUGCAAGUCCUAAACUUAUCAAAUAACAACCUUUCAGGUAGAAUACCACAAGGAGGACACAUGACAACAUUUGCAAAUUCUUCAUAUGAAGGAAAUCCAAGUUUAUGGGGAUGUCCACUUCGAAGGAAUUGCUCUUGGCCAGAUUUUGUUCCUGCUCCUCCUUCCAUUUAUGCACUAGCCAAUGAAGAAGAACAAAUUGAGGAUAGUUUGUGGUAUUGGAUUGGAGUGGGACUGGCAUAUGGUGUUGGUUUUGGAGCUGUGGUGCUAUCUAUUGUACUAAGAAAGAAGUGGAGAGAAAAAUACUUUCAUGGUGUUGAUAUGGUGUUGAAAUAUUUUUUUCCAUGGCUCCACAAUUUGAAAAUAUGAAAAGUUUGUUCAAAUCUUGGAGUACUUAACUUGAAGCUUUUUAGUGGUGCAAUAAGAGAGUUCUUGUCAAAAUCAGUGGAUGGUGGCUUUUUCUGAAGAAUUGGAAAGAGCAGUUAAUGUGGUAUUGCAGAGGGUUUCUUAUUCUGUUGUUACUUCUUUGGCUUUUGCUUUGGAUUAUUCUUUGGAUCGGUCUCAUCCUGCUUCCUGAGGGUCUUCAGGAUCACUUAUUCUUAGUUCUCUUUUGGCUUUGAGUUUUGUUUUCUUCGAAGCUUUGGACUCUUGUGGUGUAUAGACAAGUUGGCUCUUGGAGUGAUGACACUGAAUUUUGUUGGACAUCUUUUGCUCCAUUUUGAGAUGUUCUCUUCCAGACUAGUUCUCACAGCUUCCUUUAUAUCUAAUGCCAUUGGCAUUGUAUUUGGGGGUUUAUUUGGAAUGCCUAUGGGCUUUUUGUAAUGGGUAGAUAGGAUUAUGCUCUUUUGAGCAAUACUAAAGGGUUUUCUUACUGGUUCUUUCCCUUUAGUGCUCUUUGAACCAGACGCCUGUAAAAAAACUAAAGAUUUUAUAUAAUUUUAGCA